AUGACGUCACGUCUCCCCCAGAAGACGACGGCAAAUUCCGAAGCCUUCGGUCUAAAGGACCAAAUGGCGUUCCACGCACAGGGGGAAAAAGAGAAGUCUUUGUCGGUGAGACUCUUCAGGCUGGCUCCUACCGUCGCCGCUGUCGUCCGGUGCCGUGUUCGGUCGGCUGUGACAUUUUGUCACCGACAACAAGGGUUGACGGCGCCGGGGGCGGACGUUGUUAACCCGGGCCACGACCGAUCCGACGUCAGUGAAAAUCUUCAUCCGGAGCGGCAGCAGUCAGUGUCCCCUCACAACAAAGAGGGGGACGAAGAGUUCCUACACGUUACAGAUGAAGAGCAGGAGGAAAUCAUCAAGGUGCCAUCGACUGGUGUGCCUUUGAAGAGCGAAGAUGAAGGUCAAAGUGAGGAGAGACGAUGGGCGGAGCCUCCAAGCAGCAGCUCAAGUCAACACAUGACAACAGAAGGUGAUGGAGACCUCUGUGGAGGAUCACAAGCAGACGGCCUCUUGGCUCCGCUGUCAGAUAGUGACGACAUGACGUCGCACUCUCCUCACACUAAAGAUGACGAUGUUGAUGAACAGUCGGAAGGUGAUAUGACAGGUCACACGGCCAACAAACGCUGGAAAUGUUCGUUUGCUUCCAUGAGCAAUUUCAAGCAACACAAGAAAAUACACACAGGAGAAAAAGAUUUUGUCUGCUCAGUUUGUGGUCAAAGAUUCUCUGUGAAGGGAAGCCCGGUGAGAAACCUUUUGCUUGCUCAGCUUGUGGAAAAAGGUUCUCCGUAAAGGAAAACCUAAAAAAAACAUACAAGAACCCACACCGGUGAGAAACCUUUUUCCUGCUCAGCUUGUGGAAAAAGGUUCUCUCAUCAGUAUCUGGCUAAGAAUCACAAGUGUGUUGGGGAGAAGAGCAGUGAGCAAUGAAAGUUUCGCCUCUCAUCCGAGCAGGCUUCAUCAGUUCAUGGCGCAAAGCUGUAUUCCAUGUACCUUCUUAAAGAUGCCCUGUGGACAAGUGUUGAGAACUAGCACUCAUGCACUUGUCACAAUGCAUCUUUUUGGGCCUGUUUUGCGACACUUUGAGUUUCACCUGCGGCUCAUUAUGAGAGCCUGCAGCUGCAGGCUAAGGGGGAGGCAAGCGAAUAAGAGGUUUGCCAAAACCGUGGAGAAGGUCUUUCUGGGGAGCAAAGUGCUAGGACGGCCAGCGGGGCGACUGGCUGCAUGGACGAUGCAAGCCGGAAGAAGAGGACGCCGUAACAUAGUUCGUGUUCUAUGUCUGUAAUGGCCUGUGUGUAUUUUUCACUUCCAUGAACUAUCUUAGCUAUUUUAGUACAGUUUGCAGUAAUUGCAGCCAAUUGGUGGGAAAGGGGAGGUUUUGCGAGGGCAAGUGUUAAAUUUCCUUUUCCUGCCGAGAAGUUGCUGUUAGCACAAAGUGUUUAAUAAAGUUGACCUUGUCUACAUGGUGGCUCCGUGCGGUGGGUUCUCAGUCUCUGACUCCGGAACAGACACCGGUCAAAGGUGGCGGCAGCUUGACAACUAACCAACAGUAGGUACUAUUGAACCUCACGAAUGAGUCGUUCGUAAAUCGAGUAAAUUCUUGAGUAAAAUAUAUAUAUAUAAAUUAAUGAACGCCAAGUCAGAAUUUUUGCAUUCGAAUGAAAUGAGUCAAUGUACGUUUUUUUAUUCAGACGUGCUGGAAUGCCGUUGCUUACUUCCGCCACCACUUUGACUUACUGCACGUCGCUUCUGCGCAUUUACACAUUGUGGAUUCACCAAGAGAAUUAUGGGAGCUACUUCCGGUUUGAACCACUUGGCGGGAUGUUUACAUUGUAAGUGCCCGCGGUAAUCCACUUUGUGUGAGCGUUUUAGACGUAAACCAUGAUCGUCAGAAAACAUACAAUCCCACUUUCUACAAAUGGAGCGGGGUGGGAGGAUGAAAAAGUGGCCAGAGAUCACAUAAAACCUACAUAGCAUUUGUAGCUAGCUACUUUCUUAGCCGUCACUUCAGACGGCUAGGAGGCAUAAUCACUACCUCCUACACAUUUGCGCAAUGUAGUUUGUCCGAGUGGAGCUGCUGCGCUGUGACGUCAUCAUCAGGCGCGCAGGCCACCGAAGGACCCCGAGCCGAUCUCGCAGCCACCGCCUGAUUGGGUCCAGAAUCACGGGACUGUGGGAGAGCACCUCUUAUUCGUUCACACCCGGUCGACUUAGCGGAAAGUGUUGUGAUCGGCGUGUGAAAAUGUGCUCAAGAACAACAGCAGAGGACGAGGGGGAACAGCCUGGCCCAAAAGAGGAGGAGCCACAACGACAACUGCUGGACGCCGCUGCGUUCAAGCUGCAGCCUCGAAUUGUGCUACGCAGAGCAGACAUCACUGAAGAGCGGGAGGAGCCAGAGCCCCCUCACAUUAAAGAGGAAGUGGAGGACGAAGAGGUCCACUACAUCAAAGAGGAAGAGGAGGAGGAGGAUAUCAAGUUUCCAUCGACUGGUGGCCCUUUGAAGAGUGAAGAUGAAGGUCAAAUUGAGGCGAGCAGAGAGGCGGAGCCUCCAAGCCGAAGCGCAAGUCAACACAUGACAACAGAAGGUGAUGGAGACCACCGUGGAGGAUCACAAGCAGAUGGCCUCUUACCUCCACUGUCAGACAGUGACAGCAUAUCACAUUCUCCUCACACUGAUGAUGAUAAACAGUCUGAAGGUGAUAUGACAUGUCACGCUGACAACAAACAAUGGAAAUGUUCUCAGUGUGACAAACAAUUUGCGUAUAAGAGCAUUUUGAAAGAACAUUUGAGAACUCACACUGGAGAAAAACCUUUUUCCUGCUCAGUUGCUGGUCAAAGAGUCCCCGAAAAGAGAAAGUUAAAAAUACACAGAAGAGCACACACUGGUGAGAAACCUUUUUCCUGCACAGUUUGUGCUCAAAGAUUCUCUGUGAAGGGAAACUUAAAAAUACACACAAGAACCCACACUGGAGAGAAACCUUUUUCCUGCUCCGUUUGUGGUCAAAGAUUCACUCAGAAGGGAAACUUAAAAUUACACACAAGAACCCACACUGGUGAGAAACCUUUUUGCUGCUCAUUUUGUGGUCAACAAUUCUCUGGUAAGAGCAACUUAACAAUACACACGAGAACCCACACUGGUGAGAAACUUUUUUCCUGCUCAGCUUGUGGUCAAAGAUUCUCUGCGAAGGGAAACUUAAAAAUACACAGAAGAAUACAUACUGGUGAGAAACCCUUUUCCUGCACACUUUGUGCUCAAAGAUUCACUCGGAAGGGAGAUUUAACACAACACACGAGAACCCACACUGGUGAGAAACCUUUUUCCUGCUCGGUUUGUGGUCAAAGAUUCACUCAGAAGGGACACUUAAAAUUACACACAACAACACACACCGGUGACAAACCCUUUUCCUGCACAGUUUGUGCUCAAAGAUUCACUCGGAAGGAAAACCUAACACAACACACGAGAACCCACACCGGUGAGAAACUUUUUUCUUGCUCAGAUUGUGGUCAACGAUUCUCUUAUAAGUAUCAGGCUAAGACACACACGUGCAGUGAUCAAGAAGAUUUUCAUGCAAAUGGAAAUGUUGAAAGACGUAAUUGCGAUGUUACUGACUGACAAGUGGAACAUUUACAUCCUUGCAUUCUGUGUACCGGCUUUUAUUGUAUCCAAAUAUUUGAUAAAAGCCUCCGCCAGGCAAGUGUUGGAAGUUCGCACUGUUUAGCUUCGUUUGUAUGACUUUAAUGAUGACAUCCUAUUAAAUUCGCAAUUUUUCAGCACAUUACAGCAAGCUGUAUUUUUUCAUUUUUUUUUAUUUCCGGAGAAGUUGUCAUUUUGAAGGUGAGGGGAUUUCACCUGACAGCUACGAUAUAUAAAAUAUGACUAUAAUCCAUUAGUUUUCCCACACAAGCUAUACCAGUGCGAUGGAAAAGAGGCGUUUCAAAACCUAUUAUUUGAAAUGACUGCCAGUUUAAUUUUCUUGAAAUGAACUUGUUUGUGAAAUAUGGCCCAUCAAGACCCAUACUCCCUUGAAGCAAUGCGUGCAUUUUGUCCAAUGUUUUAGUGAUGUCAAUAUCCUUCCAUCCAUUUUCUGUACCGCUUUUCCUCACUGGGUUGCGGGCUCGCUGGAGCCGAUCCCAGCUAUCUUCGGGCGAGAGGACGGGUACACCCUGAACUGGUCGCCAGCCAAUUGCAGGAUGUCAAUAUCAAAUAAGUCAAUGAUUGACUUUUGGGGGAAACUAUAAAGUGUAUUUGUGAUCCUCAAUAAAACCCACGGAGGGUGACUCAAUUUGCUUGUCUAUCAAAUCCCUUUUCUCCAUUAAAAAGAACUGAAAUGUC